AUGGACAACCUCUCUCUUCAAGUGACCCCUGACCACCGGUUGGUGCUCGAAAAUGCCCCUUUCCCGACCCUCCUGGCGCAUUGUGUGGUGAUCCACCCCCGGUGCACCGGGGUGUGUGGUACCGACUUACACUGGUACAAAAAUGGGGCUAUUGGGGAAAUGGUGGUCCACGACAACAUGAUCAUUGGUCAUGAGGCUGCUGGAGAUAUUGUUGCGGUAGGACUGGCGGUCCAAGGGUUCAAAGUUGGCGAUCGGGUAGCGAUCGAGCCCCAGAUGCCUUGUAUGAAGUGCCAUUACUGCCGUGACGGGAAAUUGAACUUAUGUCUCGAAGUGGCGUUUAUGGGAUGUGUUGACCGACAAGGACCCACUCCGGGACUGUUGCAACGCUUUGUGAGCCAUGAUGCCCGGUUUGUCCAUAAGAUUCCCGACUCGAUGACUUAUUCACAAGCCGCCCUUGUUGAACCAGUCUCGGUGGGGUACCGAGGAGUCCAGCGGUCAACAAUCGAGUUGGGCAAAGGCGUGGUGGUAUUGGGAGCCGGCCCCAUUGGAUUGUCUACCCUCAUACUUGCCAGAGCCAAGGGAGCCACGCCAUUAGUGGUCACCGAUAUCGAUGAUCGAAAGCUCGAGUUUGCCAAACAACUUGUUCCCGAAGUGCAAAUCUAUAAAGUCGACCCGAAGUUGGACGAGGUCGCCAACGCCACCCGGUGCCGGAAUCUAUUCUUUGGAAACACCGAGUACCAGGCCCCGCCGGCGGUACUCGAGUGCACCGGAAUAGCCAGCUCGAUCAUCACCGGGGCGUAUCUUGUGCGACGUGGGGGAUGUUUGACGGUGAUCGGGGUGGGCAAGUCGACCGUCGAUAAGUUCCCGUUCAUGCACUUAUCGUUUGCGGAAAUCGACGUGAAGUUUGUCAACCGGUACUACGAUACCUGGCCGGCUGUGAUUAACUUGAUUGCCAACAAAAUCAUUAACGUUGACCCAAUGGUCACCCAUACCUUCCCUUUGGAACAAGCAAAGAAGGCGUUGGACACAUGCGCUGACCCUAAUACCCUUACCGUAAAGGUACAAAUCGAAGACAAUACCAAGGUUGUUUUGCCGGAUUGUUACAAGAAUGUUCAUCAUUUGUAA